AUGGAAAAAAAGGUUGAUUCGUAAUUCACUUCUACUUUUUGGAGAUAGAUCCAUUAAGAAUAUUUUAUGAUAGAAACCCCUAUUACAUUAGAUAAUAUGAUAAAAUAACACAAAAUAAAUGGCAAUAAUUUCAAUGAGCAAGCAUAUGAAUUGAUACAAUAAGUGCUAAAAUUGAAAAGGAAGAACAAAAGUAAGGUAUAAAAAUUAAAUGACGCCAAUCUAAUGCUUCGGUUAAAUUUGAUUUUAAUGCAAAGAGAAAAAUCAUCCGAGCCAAUCUAAUAAUUAAUUGAAGAAAUGGUAGAUUGCGUUUGUGAAGAUAAACUUAUUACAGAACUUGAAAAAUGCUCAACAUUAAUUACGAAUAUUCAUUUGCUGUCUGAAGACAAAUAGAUUGAUAUUUAUUAUGAAGAAGAAUAAUAAAUUAAAAGUCUCCAUUCUUAGAUAGAUUGGCCUGAUUAGAUUAAUUAAGUAAUUAUGGAACUUGAAAGUGAUUUAAUCUCAAUACAAUAAAAAAAUACAUAAAGUAUUUAAAAGUAUUCAUCUUUUUAUGAUUUCAGCCUGUAAACUCAUGUUUUGGAAAUCAACAACACUUUGAAGUUUUAAUACAGUAUUCAGUAAUUAGGGGAAUUUAAACUCAAAGUUUGCAGAAACAAUGUGUAGCAUCAUCAAAAAGAGUUGGACAAUCUUUAUGAUUUAAUCAAAAUGUACGAGGAUUAUUAAGUUGCUGAAAGCAUUGUAAGAGCAAUUAAACAUUAAAAUGAACAGAAGAUUACUGUUAUCUUGGAUAAGUAUCUGAGUGUCCAUCCUCUAGAGUUAACUUUAUAAGAAUUUGAAUCUUAUUAAAGAUUAAGAGAAAUACAUAUAAGUAUAUCAGAAUAGGAUUAUGAAUAUGAUUUAAGUUGUUAAAAUUAGGAUCCUUAGAUGUGUCAUUAUUGUAGACAAAUAAUAGAAAAAAGUAAUUAAAAACAGUGCACUUACAAUCAUCUUACUAUGAACUUACAUCAAUACAAUGAUGAAUUACUGACCUAAUAAAGAUAUUGCAUAUCCAAUUAGAAAAUGUAAAGAUUUUAUUAAGACUUAUACUCUGCAAAUUAUAUUAUUGAAGAUGACUAAAUAUAAUGCUAAAAGUAUUUUUGUUAUAAAUGCUUAAAAUAUGAAUUUGAUGAUUAUGAUAUUUCCGAAAUUGAUUGGAUUUGUCCAAUGUGUAAGGGAUUAUGUCAAUGCAUUAGAUGUUAACGCAAUGAAGUUAUUUAUAAAUUGAAAAGAAAUCUAUUAGAAAUUAAUGGGGAUUUGGAUUUGCUAUAUGAUUAAUCUCUAUUUGAGAUAUUAGUUAGCAAUAAAAGGAAGUCAAUUUAAAAUAUUCCUUUAGAUUUUAUAAAUAACUUAAAAGUCUAUUCAGAAACUGAAGAGAUAUUUUCAUCAAAAAAUAGUAAAACUCAAAAGAUACAUUUAACUAAACAAAUUAAAAAAAAGAAGAACUCUGAUACAAUUUUAGUUUUGCCAAAAUACAUCCAAAAUGUUGACAGCUCAUCAUAAUCAACUAAGAUUAAAAAAUAAACUAAAUUCAGAAGACUAAUUCCUAAUGAUCGAAUAACUGAAGAUAUUAUUUGA